CAGUGUGCCGGCAGCGAGCAGUGAGUGUCACUAGAGAGGCUGACUACCCAGCUACCGCAGCGCAGCUCUCGACACCGCACAGUACCGCUGCUCGAGCGACACUCGCAGCCACGCGCCGACUCCCGCACCUGCUUGCCACCCUCGCGCUACGCUCUAGCCUUUACUUCGCGACUUCGCCUGGUCCACAGCGGCAGCAAACAUGAUUGCGCCGCGGUGUGUGUGGCGGGCAGCCCUCUGGUGCGUCGUCAUCAUCCUGCUCGCCGACCUCGUCUACUCCGCCUCCAGUACUGGCAGGCGGCGCCUCAGACGGCCUGGCGGCAGCUCUUCCUCGUCCACGACUUCGUCAUCGUCCUCCACGUCGACGAAGGUGCGCACGCGUGACCAGGAGACGUCUGCGAGCGUCAACCGGUUCCGCGUGCGCAACAGGCUGACUCCACCCGGCGCCAACCGCAAGUCCGGCAGCAGCAGCGCCGUGGCCGCCGCCUCCGACAAGUCUGGCGGCUACAAGGUGGUGUGCUACUACACCAACUGGUCGCAGUACCGUACGGCGCACGGCAAGUUCCUGCCGGAGGACAUCACGCCGGACCUGUGCACACACAUCAUUUACGCCUUCGGCUGGCUCAAGAAGGGCAAGCUGACCAGCUUCGAGGGCAACGACGAGACCAAGGACGGCAAAGUCGGCCUGUACGAGCGCGUCAUGGCGCUCAAGAAGGCCAACCCCAAGCUGAAGGUCCUGCUCGCGCUUGGUGGCUGGUCUUUCGGCACACAGAAGUUCAAGGCGAUGUCAGAGACUCGGUACACGCGCCAGACGUUCAUCUACAGCGCCAUCCCCUACCUGCGAAAGCACGACUUCGAUGGACUCGACAUGGACUGGGAGUACCCUAAGGGUACCGACGACAAGAAGAACUUCGUGCUGCUCCUCAAAGAGCUGCGCGAGGCGUUUGAGGCGGAGGCCCAGGAGGUGAAGCAGUCGCGUCUGCUGCUGUCCGCCGCUGUGCCCGUCGGUCCGGACAACGUACGUGGAGGCUACGACGUGCCCGCCGUUGCCAGCUACCUGGACUUCAUCAACCUGAUGGCGUACGACUUCCACGGCAAGUGGGAGCGCGAGACGGGCCACAACGCGCCCCUGUACGCGCCCUCCUCCGACUCGGAAUGGCGCAAGCAGCUGAGCGUCGACCACGCGGCCACCAUGUGGGUGAAGCUGGGCGCGCCCAAGGAGAAGCUGGUCAUCGGGAUGCCCACGUACGGCCGCACCUUCACCCUCAGCAACCCCAGCAACUUCAAGGUGAACGCGCCCGCCAGCGGCGGCGGCAAGGCCGGCGACUUCACCAAGGAGGGCGGCUUCCUCGCCUACUACGAGGUGUGUGACAUGCUGAAGAAAGGAGCGACGUACAUCUGGGACGACGAGAUGAAGGUGCCGUACGCCGUGAUGGGAGACCAGUGGGUCGGCUUCGACGACGAGCGCUCCAUCCGGCACAAGAUGAAGUGGCUCAAGGAGGGCGGCUACGGCGGCGCCAUGGUGUGGACCGUCGACAUGGACGACUUCACGGGCACCGUGUGCGGCGGUGGCGUCAAGUACCCCCUCAUCGGCGCCAUCAGGGAGGAGCUGCGCGGCGUGUCGCGAGGCCCCAACGCCAAGGACGUGGACUGGAGCAAGGUGGCGCGCACCGUCAGCCUGGAGGCCACCACCAAGCCGGCGCCCAUCAAGAUCGACGUCAGCGAGGUGCUCAACCGCGUGCGCAAGCCCACCAAGCAGGCGCCCGCCGACCUCUCCAACGAGGUCAUCGAUCUCAACAGCCGGCCGGCGCAGGUGUUCUGCUACAUGACGAGCUGGUCGGGGAAGCGGCCGGGCGCGGGCAAGUUCAGCCCGGAGGACGUGGACCCGUCGCUGUGCACGCACGUCGUGUUCGCAUUCGCCACCCUCAAGGACCACAAGCUGGCGCCGGCCAACGACAAGGACGACGGCCUCUACGAGCGGGUCAUCGCGCUGCGCGAGAAGAACCCCCAGCUCAAGGUGCUGCUCGCUAUCGGAGGAUGGGCAUUCGGAUCGACGCCUUUUAAGGAGUUGACAUCGAAUGUGUUCAGGAUGAAUCAGUUUGUGUACGACGCCAUCGAGCUCCUCCGAGACUUCAAGUUUGACGGUCUGGACGUUGACUGGGAGUACCCGAGGGGCGCCGACGAUCGCGCGGCGUACGUGAGCCUGCUGAAGGAGUUGCGGAUGGCGUUCGAGGGAGAGGCCAAGACCGCAGAGCAGCCGCGGCUGCUGCUGUCCGCCGCCGUGCCCGCCAGCUUCGAGGCCAUCGCCGCAGGGUACGAUGUGCCCGAGAUCUCCAAGUACCUGGACUUUAUCAACGUGAUGACGUACGACUUCCACGGGCAGUGGGAGCGCCAGGUGGGCCACAACAGCCCGCUGUACCCGCUGGAGAGCGCCACCAGCUACCAGAAGAAGCUCACCGUUGAUUUCAGCGCACGCGAGUGGGUGAAGCAGGGCGCGCCCAAGGAGAAGCUGCUGAUCGGCAUGCCGACGUACGGCCGCAGCUUCACGCUGGUCGACACCUCCAAGUUCGACAUCGGCGCGCCGGCGUCCGGCGGCGGCGCGGCCGGCCGCUACACGGCCGAGGCGGGCUUCAUGGCCUACUACGAGGUGUGCGACUUCCUGCACCACGACAACACCACGCUCGUCUGGGACAACGAGCAGCAGGUGCCGUUCGCCUACCGCGGCGACCAGUGGGUCGGCUUCGACGAUGAACGCAGUCUCAAGACCAAGAUGGGCUGGCUGAAGGAGCUGGGCUUCGGCGGCAUCAUGGUGUGGUCGGUGGACAUGGACGACUUCCGCGGGCAGUGCGGCGCUGGCAAGUACCCGCUGCUGACGUCGAUGCGCCAGGAGCUGCGCGACUACCGCGUCCAGCUCGAGUACGACGGACCCUACGAGAGCCGCGGGCCGCUGGGCGCCUACACCACCAAGGACCCGACGUCCGUGUCCUGCGAGGAGGAGGAUGGCCACAUCUCCUAUCACCCUGACAAGGCAGACUGCACGAUGUACUACAUGUGCGAGGGCGAGCGCAAGCACCACAUGCCCUGCCCCAGCAACCUGGUCUUCAACCCCAACGAGAACGUGUGCGACUGGCCCGAGAACGUGGAGGGCUGCAUGCACCACACCCAGGCGCCGCCCGCCGCACGCAGGAGGUAGGCGUCGCCGUCGCCACAGCCGCCGACGCCGGGCGACGCCGGGGGCGGCGUCGGCCGCCGCAGCUGCAGCCGCCGGUGGGACGCGCCGCCCCGCACCCACGACUCACGACUCGCGACACGCCGACAGUUCCCGUUCACACGUGAAGCCGACUGCUGACCACGUGUCCAUCCGCUCUAUCAGGGUCCGCUACACUAGCUCACUCCGCAGCGUAAUCGACAAUUCCGACUGCAUAAACACCGUCAGCGCCGGCCAACAACUCUAAGCUACUAAUAAAUGUUUUGCCAAUAAGUGAUACACCUGUGAUCACCAGUUCCGUAAUGAUCGCCCGAAAAUUGUGCACCUGGGAGGGUCGUUUCUUCAUCUGGUGUCCUGAUCACCUUGUUGUAGCCUACAAAGACGUCGUAUCUUCCUACAUUCCCUACUCGAGAGAUACAUGGAUCUAUGAAACAACUGUUUGAAAACUCGUAAAAAGAAACAGUUUGGCAAUAUUUUGUGACGUAGCUUAACCAGAUCAUUGCCUUGGUAAUUCUCGAGUGGAAAAUAUCAGUAUAAUGGUGCUGUCUGAGAACCUCUGUUCAACCCGCUUAUACCGGCACAGUAGUCAUGUCCGGAAAUUUGGCGGUAACACAGUCGGACUGCUAAAGCGAAGCACACACAGCUGAAAACGGAAAGUUAUAUUUAUUUACGGAGAAUAUUAAUAACCCAAAUUUUUGUGCACUCUUAAGUACAGCAGUCGGCGUAUACGUAGCUGCGCGCAAUACAUAAAAUUUUGAAAUUGUUGCAGCGAUUCCAGUUUCAAAUUUUUUUGAUGAUUUACGGUUCUUUUCCGCUACUGAAAGACUGCGGCGUGCCGCUUCCUCAUCAAGAGUCCUAGCAACUACCACCAUUUGCUCCGAGGACUACCGAACAUUUUAUGUAUAGCAGUACAUCGCGUUAUUCCUUUUAAUACUAACCUCUCCACUUGCCAAUCAGACUCAGAAAGUAACUCGCGCACCUAACAAAAUUCUUUUUACUGUCUGUAUAGAAAGACCGAAAUUUCAACAUUUCUUGCCCUCAAUUCUUCUUUAGAAUCUUCUCCCUUGAAGCUGUCGCCUGCGAGUAUGCUCGAAGUGGAAACUAAUAACAAAAACAAAAAAUUGUGCUCUGCUAACAACUUUAUGCAUUGCUGUCCAUUUUCAUCUUCUGUACAAAUACUUCGUCUUCAACUGUAUUCAAAAAUAAAACUCUUUCUUUCGGGAAUACAAGUUUCUACUUAAUUGUUUUAUUUAUGCAGCACUAUUGCUGUUUCACGAUCACGAUACGCUGACUUCUCCGGUACGUUAAUUUCCCUUCAUCGCGCCCUUGUAUUCGGAACUAAUUAUCGGGAAAUUCAGCGCAAAUCAAAGACAUCUAUGAAGGUCUACCCUUAUCUUGGAGAAACCCGAACAAAACGCUGUAAAUAUGUCGACAUUCACUGACAGACAAUAAAUAGUUGCGAAUAGCUGCAACUACAUAAUUUAAAACUUUUAAAUUAUUUCACGUUUAGUGUCAGUUUUUACAUGCGAGGUUUAUUUAUAACUUGUAACUUCUGUUACAGCUUAGCUUAAAUGUUAAACUAGUUUUCCUUAAUUGUUAUACUUUCUAAGGGUAAAUCUGUUAGGUCUGUAGAAUGUUAGCUAAAUUUCUGUCCAUAAUUAUUAUCUGCCAUCUACUGCGUAUGUAAGAUAAAAAUAUAUUUCCUGUAUAAAAUUAGUUUUUUUCCUAAGAGAACUUUUUACGCAUGAACUACGUUCUAUCUACUUUCGAAUUAAACUGAAACGUGUACCGUAACGUAACCUGCUAGCGGUGUAGUGUGUUCAUACAUCACCGUACACAUGUUAGUUAUUAUCCGAAACACAUUACGACAGAAUGUUUUUGCUGUUUAGGGCGAAAUUUAAUGAAAAGAAUCCUCUCGUUUUUGCUUCAAUAAAGACAACAGAUUAGGGUGACCUUCAAAGAAAUGUGCAAGGUAACUACAGGCUUGAAUGAAAAAAUACUCACUGGUAUAAAGUUUCACACCACGAUGUUUCAAGUGACACAACGCAAGGUGCAGUGAAAUUGAUGUGAUUCUUUGGAAGAACAGUACAAAGCCUUAACGAGAUGGCCGCAUGUACAAACGUGCAUAAUUGUGGAUUUUUGCAAAUUGACUGCCUUUAUCAGAUUGAAGAUCCAGUGUGAAUGAACAAGUCUUAGAAUUUCCGAAAAGCCGCUCACUGUGACUUUUUAGGAAAUGCUUCUUGACUGUUACAUAAUUGAGAUAUACUUUUAAAUACUCGUGUAAAUAUAUAAUAAAAUGUAUUUAAAAUUA